AUGACGAGCUUGCGCGCUCAACCUCUGAACGCAGAGCACGAGUUCAACUGGGUCUUCGACCUUGAAGUGCUGGUCAUUGGCAUUCUGUCCCUGUUCUUCCUCUUCUACUUCAAUCGACUGUUCGCCACGGUGGUCUCCUGUGCCAUCCGACUCUACGUCUUCCGCUACUACAAAGCAUGGAUCGAUAUAUCGGCGUUGCAGAUCAGUCUGCUAGGAGGUCGCAUCUUCUUCAAGAAGAUCCGCUACCAUGCCCACAAUGUCACUGUACACGUCUACGAGGGACACAUCACAUGGCGAUAUUGGUUGAGGGCAGUCAAGGAUGCCGAGGUGUUUCAAGAUGAGGAUGCAGCAUCCAUUGGCAGAGCGCGAAGCUCUAGUACGUCGACCGGCGACGAGCAAAGCGAUGUGAGAGAGAAGGAGAAAGAGAAGAGUCGUGCUAGGUCCGGCAGUGUUGGCAAAGAAGAGAGGGCCACCACCAAACCGAAGAAGGAGCUGCCAUGUCGCAUAUCUGUCAGGGUAGCUGGAGUUGAAGCCUUCAUCUACAACCGCAGUCCCGUCUAUGAUGCUGUGGUUGAAGCGACAAUGGGUAAGGCGACCCAAGCGUCGAAAGAUGCUACCGACAGUGAAGCAAGUCCCCGGCCCGAGACUGCAGAAAGCUUCGAAAGCACUCAAGACGGCGUGGAGCCGACACGGACGACAACAUACAACACCACAGCCAGCACGAACGCAGCGGGUGUUGAGAAGGCGAACAUUCCAUCUUUCUUGCGCAUCUUUCCCAUCAAGGUGGAAUGCAAAAAGGCGGCAGCUGCUCUAGGUAACGAAAGCACCAAGAACAUUAUCGUCGCAAAGACAGAAAAGGGCGGCGGGACUUUCGACGCUGGACAUGCUGGGCCUCUGGACAUCUGGCAAAUACUUAUGAACUUUGAAGUCGAGGAUGUAGUCGUUCAGAUGAAGCCCAAUCGGGACUACAAGGAGCAACAGCUGGACCAAGCGCAGCGCGUCCUGCGCGAGAUGGAGCUGGAAGAGCCGCAACCAAGCCGACCUAUCCGUGACACCUGCUCGAAGAUACUGAGCCUUUGCUCCCGCUUGCGGGGCGCCAUUCAACGACCUCGAAGUGCCCGUGACUCUCUUCGUACCGCUUCUGUAAGGUCAAAAUCUGUCGCAGGAACAACGCAUGCGCCCCUCGAUCAACUGCCCGGCCAGCAACAAUGGCACGGGCUCAUGCGAUACUUGGACGACGGUGAAAUCAACGAACACGAGGAGUGGUCGCCUAUUGAAUACGCCAAAGCAUCUGAGCUUGUGAAUGUGCCCAAAGUCACCAUGCGCUUUUUCUGGGACAUGCCGGGUCCAGUCCCCGACACCCUGUCCGAUGGCGAUCAUCUGCAAGGCCCCAUGUACGAAGACGACAUCAACGGUGCCGCGCCGCCUGCAUAUGGGAUGGACCUCGGUGUCUAUGGUGGUGUCGUGGUGUAUGGACCAUGGGCUGAUAGACAACGCCUCAACCUUCAGCCAAUCUUCGUCCCAGCAACAUAUGUUGAUGCAAUCCCGGCGAAGUCGCUGAAGCCCGGUGAACUCCGUGUCUGCACUGUUUUCCAGAUCAAGGUCAUAGUUGAGGACGAUGUUGUUUUGCGUGUUCCAACGCGCGAAGAAUCCAAAGAUGCCAAGUGGAAAGGACGGGCAGACAAAGCAAACCCUGACGAUCCCAAUCAGCAAGAUGCAGUCAAGGACGAGGGCAAGCACUGGAAGAAGCACAAGCAUCGUAAGCGCUCCAAGGCGAAGCAAGGCACAGCUGCUGUCGACGCCCGCCCGUACGGCUGGCUCGACGUUACUGUAAAGAAGGACUCUGUUGUGAACUUCAACAUGGACAUGUAUCCACGUGCUACUGGCUACCGCAACACUCUGGAUCUGGAUGUCAAAGGUGUCGAAAUGUCAAGCAGCGUAAAUCAUGGCCUGCUCUGGCGAUCAGGUCCUGUUAUACUGGACGCCGACAUCUCGCAGCCGUGCUCUUGGAACUCCUUACGAAAAUGGCCUUUCAACAUAGUGGUCAAUGACCUCGAACUCUUCAUACUUCGCGACCACCUUUUCCUCAUCAUCGAUAUUGUCAACGACUGGGCCUCUGGAGCGCCCUCGGAAUUCUACACUUUCGUCCCUUACAAAUACGACCUCGACAUAACCUUUAAUAGCUUUUGCAUGUACCUCAACGUUAACGAUGCUAAUAUAAUCAACGAUCCCGCGGACUUCGACCGCAACGACUUUCUUACUCUGGAAGGAAAACUCCACGCUGUGCUGGGCAUACCGAUGGAGCACUAUCGACCAAAACGUAAUCAGAUCUCAUUCGACGUGCUAGCUUCGGACAUGAAGAUGAGAAUGAUCAGUCCGCCGAAAAGCACUUUCCAUGCCUUUGUGGAAGACAAGGUCAUGGCUACGCUCCCGAAACUGACCCUGAAUGGGUCGUUCAAUGGCAACCAAGAAGUGCAAGUGGGCAAUGUUGAUGUCCUACGUAUGGACAUCGUAGGCACUGGGCUCAAUCUCAAGGCUUUUGGCUUCUUUGUGAGACAGCUGGUCAUGGUCAAAGAGAACUACUUCGGUGACUACAUGCACUUCAAAACUUUGGAGGAGUUUCAAGGCGCGAGUGACGACUUACAAGAGGCCAACGUCAAGACUGCGAGCUUUCCGAAACCUACUUCAAUCAACGAGCUGGACGUCGUGCUUUGCAUAGUAGCAGAAGACGCGACGGUCAUGCUCCCCACCAACUUGUACUCCUGCAAGGAAUUCGUUCGUGCAGAGCUACCGCGAGCCGAUCUUGACCUGCGAAUCGUCAGCUACUAUCUGGACAUGGGCUUGCAGCUGUCACCAGUCAGUCUUCUGACUGGAACAUCGCCUGAUGAUGAGGACGAUGCGCCGCUCGACACUGACUCCAGCACACAGUUCUAUUGCUCGCACGUCGAACUGAGAGGACAUCGCUCGUUCGGCUUACCACCAAAUGAAGAUGCUUACGUGAGCCAAUGGGACAUCGAUAUCGGCAAGAUCACGGGUGAGAUGUCAAGCCGCUUUGUUCGCGACCUUGCACUGGCUGGCAGAGCUCUCACCUUUACGAUCGACGAUGCAGAGAAUGCUUUGCCUGUGGUAUCGCCAGCCGUGGUACUCGAUGCCAGCUUCGUGCAGGUCAAGACUGAUAUUGUUCGACUCUGGAUGCAUGUCGGAAAAGACGCUCUGCUAUUGGAUCUCGAACCCGUCAAGGUCGAUGUGGCUGGCUGGGCCAGUGAGACCUUCUCACAGAGGGUCAAUGUGAUCGUGCCCCUCUUGACGCUUGCCUGCGUCGAUGGUCGCAGUGCAUCAAGACACCGCAGCCGACGGUAUCGCAGAGGCAAAGAUGCCGUGAGGACCUACGCUUUCCUGCAGACCGGUGUCUCCCUUGAUGUGGUGGGUCGAAGUGCACAUUUCGUGCUUGAGACUAAGAAGCAGCAGAAGCAUUUCAAACUGCAUGAUCAGAGAACGAAUAGAUUCCCAUUCCUGAUCCGGCCAAAUAUCGAAUCAGAAGUACAGCCAGAAGACGAGCUCGAUUUCGAGCCACCUGCAAUCCCGUACCCCUUCCCACCCAAGCCUGUCAUCCAGAUGGGUGGGAACAACCGGCCCGCGUCGAUCAAGUCGUUGAGAAGCUUUCUCAGUCAUUCAGAAUUUUCCAUCAAAUCCUCCUCGUCUUCGUUGUCGGCAUCGAUCAAGAGCUCUCGAACUAUUGGGAGCGCGAAGACAAGGCCUAGCCUGCUUACCAGAGGUACUGAGGCCACCGACAUCAGCGGGACAUCAGCUUCCUUCCACAGCUUUGCAUCCGAUAGACCGAGCUCAGAGGACUCUGGAGACGGUCAAGGGCGACGCAUUCUCCGUACAGAUCGUGAGCGCGCCAAAUUCGGGUUGCUUUCGUCGACUAUGGCAUUCUCGAGUCCAUACUCUGAGCCUUACUUUCCCCUCGAGUUGGUAAGGCCAGAUGAGACAAACGUCCCAGCAUUUCCGGAAGCUGCUGCGAGUGACCUCAAUUCAGACACAUCGUCUGUCUCGGAGAUGAUCACAGAUCCUGACAUAGAUCUUGAUGCAGAGCAUACCACCGUCAUGAUCAAAGUCCUGCCAGGCAUACGAGCCUAUGUUGAGCCAAGCGUAGCGAUCACGGCUUCGAAGUUGAUCAAGAAGGUCAUGCCCAUCAUGCCAGAAGAAGUCAUGGACUCGUUCCAGAUGGACGUCAUGGGUACUAUACAGGCGCAGACUGCCUCGAAAUUGGCCAAGAGCAACAUUGUCGAGAUUCAAGCCUCUUUGGCGUCAGCACAUUUGCGGAUCGUUGCACUGGAUGAGUCCAACGAGCACAUUGCGGACCAAGUUGACCUUACGUUGACUGGAUUAGAGAAUUCCACCAGGAUCCGCAACCAGCCGCAACAUGAUGCAGCGCCUUUGCAGUUCCUGUCGAUGCAUGCAUUGUUGGAGAGUCUUGAGGUGCAGCUCAUCGAUAAGAUGGAUCCAGCUCCUGACAGUCCACCAACCGUACGACUGAGUGUGGAUGACGUCCUCGUGUGGUUGUCGAUGGCCAACUCGAAUGCUUUCCAUCUGUCUUUCCACGAUACGAAUGUUGCUGUUACCGGGUCUAAAGCCAAAUACCUCACGCAGCUGGCACUCAAGCUGAUUCCAAUUGUGAAGGAUAUACAGACUCGAUUCGAGGACAUCUUUGCAAGUAACGCGCGAAGGUUGCAAACGAUGUCGUAUGUGAUGACCUACAACGGCGACACGGUUGGUGAUCCACCGUUCAUGGGCCGCCUGUUGUACGUGCUUCGAGUGGUGCCUACUCAUUUACGAAACACCGAUUCGUGGAAGAUACUGGCUCGCUUCCGCUACAUACUCAUGCAUCUACCGCAGGAUGCCAAGAACCAGUUAGAAGCAAACGUGAAGGAUGCCAAACUCAAUAUCCCAGCCGAUACUCCAAGAGACGUGCUCGAAAGCUGGACUCAAUCCCGCAAUUGGGACGUACCAUAUGUCAACCAGACUGUGGCCUUCCAGAAGCUGCGCGGGGAUGAGAUCACACAGCUCAAAACGACCGAGCAGAAAGAAACAAGCGUCACGUUCAGGUCCGAGUCGCUGCGGGUAGCGAUCGAACAUGCCAAGGGCAACAGCGACAUUAUCCUGGAGGAAACAUCUCUGGAACUGGAGAACUCUCCGCCAAGCAGGCCAGAAGGCCUUAUGCUGGUGGACGAGAACAAGCGGACCAAGACCACUGUGCAGAUGCACACCAAUACGAUCGCCUUGGCACUUGAUUGGGGACUGUUCUACGUCGCCGAAGAUGUCAUAUCGCUCGCGGACCAAAUCGAGGAAGUCAAAGCACAUCUCGAGAGCCAUGGACACACUCCAACUUCGCAGAAACUGGAAGAAGGGCUAUUGAGACACGACAUUCACGCAGUCGUCUCAAUGGGAACUGGUAGUAUAGCAGUACGCAGCGCCAGCUUGCGUCAUGUCUCAAGAGCAGACGGCCUUAAAAUGUCCUUCCUCGGCACAACACAGGCCAGUGAAGAGCUAGGUCAAUGCGAGAGCGUGAUCGUGAACGUUGAUCGUGCAGUCACUGAGCUACAUGGAGCUGAAUCGCGCAUCUGGCAGACGCUGAUCACCUCGCCGAGCAUUUACGUCGAUCACCUUACACCAGCGGUUGGCAUUGACACGCCAGCGACCGUGACUCUGGCGAUCUCGUACGAUGACCUCCAAAUCGCCAUUACCGAGCAAGUACCUGGUAUCCUACAUAUCGUCGACACCAUUAUCACAGAAGAGGUGGCUAAGUGCCAGCGACUGGCGGAGAUCGUCCAAGCCAACAAGCGAACGAGGAAACCGUCCAUUGUACCGAACAACGGGACUGCCAUCUCACGUCCGAGCACAGCUUCUGGUCAAGCACCGAAACUACACGUUGCGGUACUGGCUGGAAAUCUUGAAAUGGAGAUAUCCCUUUUGUCCACGCUGAGCUACCAACUCAAGGGCACCGCGGCCAGCAUCAGAGUCGCGCCAAGCUUGGCAAAAGACCAGGUCUUCAGCAUUGACUUCGACGCUGGUCGUCAGGAGCACUCUUUCCUCAACACGUCUGGAGACGAUACGCAUACGCAAGGUCUUCUCGAUGUGCCUCCCAUCAAUGGCCAUGUUGGUCUAGAGUUAGGCCAAGAGGAGACUGCCAUAUCUGUUGUAACCACGAUUGAGAAGGUCCAAGUUGACGCUGGAGCUAUCCAGGGACUUGUUGGCGUCAUCAUUAGACCGGAAGUGCAAGACAUUGUCUCCGCUGUCAAGGUCGGUGUCGACGGCAUCAAGGGCCAUAUCGCGGAAAUCUUCCCGGAGGGGGAGACCGCGCAAAGGCUCGCAGAUCCGAAAAAGCGGCAGAUCGUGUUCGACACAAGGUUUGCUCUACUUGGCAUCCGAGUCUCUGCAAGUACGCCUAGGGUGGUGGGUAACUCUACAGCAGAAGUCGAGUUCGGCAUUGGCCCUCUGCAUGCCACGGCCUCAAACAAGGCUAUGCCAAAGGAGAUCAUCCCAGAGGUGCGUAUGCACAUACAAGAUAUCGGCGCCAGUUUGAAGAUUAAGGAGCGUGGGAAGCUCCGCCCCUGCGGCAAUGCCACCCUGACAGUGAGCCUCCACUUCAAGAAUCUCGCGGGCGAGCAGGGUGCGACUACCCGAUCGCUCAAGGUUAGCAGUCACGGGCCUGAAGUCAAUGCCUAUCCAGAGACGGCAUCGACCAUCAUCGAUGUUAUCAACCACCUCCAGGACCGCAUCAAGCAUCUGGACUUGUCUAAAGAAGUGGAGUACCUGCGACGCAUGCGCGACGAAAGGCGGCAGACCGUGGUCCAGAAGAUCAGCGGUAACGAUGAAUGGACUGAGGAUCAAGAAUUGCCAUUCUCGCCGGAAGAUCUGCUUGCGAUCAAAACAACCAUUGAGCUGACUGACAUCAAAGCUUGCUGGCUUGUUGAUCCUUCAUUUGCAGCCAACAAGCGUGCUAGAGUCGAUGAUCUGGUUCUCUCAAUACAAAGCAUAGAGUUCACGACUCGAUCUGGAAACGAAGCUCGAUUGACGAUCAAGGACAUGAUGUUGCAGCUGGCGAAGAAGGACGGCAAACAGACCCGCUCGCUAAAUUCUGGUCUGUUAUCUGAAAUGGGCUUCAGCGUAGGAUACUGGAAGGUGGACAACAAGCGUCACGCCGCCAUCAGGGCCACUGGCAAACCUUUGGACCUUCGUCUUGAGUCGAGGUUCAUACUUCCUGUCAAUGCUCUACAGAAGUCUAUCGAGAUGGCCAUUGACGAUGCGAGGAAGGGCACCGCCACUUGGGAGAGCACUCCGACCUCAUCGGGAGCUCCUAGGUCUUCCACGACCAUGUUUGACAACAAGCAUCUUGGUUCGCUUCUCGUUGAAGCUGACUUCGCUGGAGCGCAAGUGUACAUGCAAGGCUCUAUGCCGAAGGACCGCGACUUGUCGACAGUCGCGGCUGCUUCACAGCUAAAGUAUGGAGCUCGGCAUGGGCGAUAUGGACAGUUCGCUGGCGAUGGCGAAUUACUGCAUACCACAUUGACAGCACCAGGGAUUGCUUUCAAGCUUGAGUACAACUCCUUGAAACAGCAGCCUACUAUCAACGCCGAGCUCAUGAUUGAUGCAUCGUCAAAUAUGCUGCUACCGAACGUGGUGCCCCUAGUACAGGAAGUCUCGAACAGUGUCAAGGAGCUGGUGCGCGAUAAGAAGCCAGCUAAUGCGCCGAUUAAGCAGGUGCAUGUUUCUGAGGUAGACAAACCUGCACAAAAGUUCUUCGACACCGGCGACGACUCCAUAAUCGACGUCACGCCAGCUAAGAUCUUUGGCAAGACGAAGUUUGACUUGGGCUUCCGCAUCGCGAAGCAAGAGUUUGGUUUGAGCUGUCAGCCUAUAGCAAGGGUCGAUGCAAAGGCUUCUCUCGAAGACUUUUACGUGACCAUGAACACCAUCGACUCGGAUGAACAUGGCCACUUCUUUGCAACGUCUGCAGUACUUACUGGGUUGAAAGCCCAGGUCAAGCAUGUCUACUCGAGGGAGCCGACCUUCAGCUACGAUAUGGAGUCAAUUGUGCUCUCAGCCAUGAACAACAAGCACCUGAGCGGGCAGUCUGGUAUAUCAGCGAUCUUGAACGUCAAUCCUACACGGAUCGUCAUCAACGGCAAGCAAUUUCAGGAUCUGCUGCUGUUCAGGGAGAUCUGGCUGCCACCUGAGAUCAGGAAUGCUGCUGCGGAAGGCGGCCCUUCUUCUGCAAAGCCGGCUGCUUCGAGGGCCGAUGAGUUCCUUGUUCAGAAGUAUCAGACUGUGGCUGCAGCUGCAGCGUUUCCUUGGAAUGCCACUGUCUCCAUCGCGAGGCUAUCUGUCGAUGUCGACCUAGGCCAGAGUAUUGGCAAGUCAUCGUUCACCAUGACGAACCUGUGGGCAUCCCAGGCGAAGACAUCGAACUGGGAGCAGAACUUAUGUAUUGGCCUCGACGAGAUGGCGGUUAACAGCACAGGCAGAAUGAGUGGCUUCAUUCAACUUGCAAAGCUUGGUAUUCGGACUUCCAUCAGGUGGCCAGAAGAAAACAGUGAAGCGACAAUGCAGAAGACGCCACUGAUACAAGCUUCCAUCGGCUUUGACAAGCUCCUGGCUAAAGCUGCGUUCGACUACCAAGCUUUCGCCUUUGGUGACAUUGAGGGCUUCGACUUCCUCAUGUACAACGUUCGAGAUGCGCACGGCAAGUCCGAUAGACUUGUGGCUGUACUGGACUGCGAGAAAGCGUAUGUGUUCUGCACGUCGACUAGCGCUGCGCAAGCUGUUGGUCUGUACCAAGCUUUUGACCGCCUCAUACAGGAGAAGCAGUCGGCUUAUGUGCAGUCACUGCGAGACAUCGAAAAGCAUGUACGCCGCGAGAGCACAAUCGUGCCGACGAGAUUCGGGCCAAUGAUUCCUGACUCGCCGGUACUGGAGAAGAAGAGCAAGGACAGCCCGAUCCGACUUCACACAGAUGUCGUGGUCACUGUGGGCGCCAUCUGCUUUGGCGUGUACCCAAGUACAUUCUUCGACAGCCAGAUGCUCAAGCUCGAAGCGAACAAUAUUCAAGCUCGCUUCGCUGCCGGACUGGAACGAGGUAGGGUGACCAGCGGUCUUGGGAUGACACUCGGUCAACUCCAAGUCGGUCUAUCGUCGGUCAGACGCAUCACCGCCGUUCCCAAAGCUCUCGAAGUUACAGUCGAUGAAGUUAUCAACAGUGCCUUGAAUGCCAAGGGUGGCACGAUCCUGCGCGUUCCAAAGGUCAUUGCAUCCAUGCAGUCCUGGCAGACACCUCAGUCCAACGAAGUGGACUACAUCUUCAAAUCCCUCUUCGACGGCAAGAUCGACGUAGGCUGGAACCUCUCCCGCAUAGACUUCAUCAAGAACAUGUGGCUUUCCGGCUCCAAAGCUCUCGCCUCCCGCCUAGAUCGCAAAUCCCUCCCCGAGUCCGCCGUGAAGAUCCGGGCAGGUCCUGAUCCUGACCAGCCUGCCUCUCCACCCAAAGCCACGUCGUCGUCCUCCUCCGAAGAGGACACGGGAGCGUCCAACCAGCAAGAGAAGAUCACAGCGGAGAUUAACCUCCCUCAAUCUCGGUAUGAGUACCACGCGCUCGAGCCGCCGAUCAUUGAGACGCCGCAGCUGAGAGAUAUGGGAGAGGCUACGCCGCCGUUGGAGUGGAUUGGGUUGCACAGGGAUCGGUUGCCGAAUGUUACGCAUCAGAUUUUGAUUGUGAGUCUGCUGGAGGUGUGUAAGGAGGUGGAGGAUGCGUAUGGGAAGAUAUUGGGGUCGAGGUGA